ACUCUCCUCGCACCUUCCAGGACAAAGAUUCCAGCAGCAAGUCUUGCAAUUUCUGGCAGCAGAUUGCGACUUGCAGGGUCUUUCCCUUGGUUGUCGUCUGCCUCACCAGUCACACGUACAUGGCCAGAUGGGAGUUUGUUUUGAUGUGCCUCGUUCUGAGCUGUAAACAAGAACAGGAGAUGUCUGGGUUCCAGCCAGUUCUGCAGAGUCACCUUCGCUUAGACUGAUUUUGAAGGCCUGCUUCAUGAAAGCGAAGAAGACCUAUCCGUCUGCUGAAGACACCAUGAACAACACAACCACCAGCAACAACACUGUCGACGAACCGUGCGGUAUGGAGGCCAGUGUUAUGGCGACCGAGAUUUGUUUGAAUGACAACGAGACAGUUCACCUGCCGCAGGUGGAGAUGACCUUACCCCGCUAUCUUUACGUCUACGCCACUUUCCUCAAUGUCGUCAUCUUCGUCGUCGGCGUCGUCGGCAACCUCAUGGUCAUCCUGGUCAUUACGUGCAUGAGGUCAAUGCGCACGCGCAUGAACUACUUCCUGUUGAGUCUCAGCAUCGCUGACGUUCUGGUCCUGACCGUGUGCCAACCGUCCGCCCUCAUGGUCUUCUACUCCAAGGACCAAUGGCUGAUUGGCGAAUUCAUGUGCAAGCUGGUGCCCUUCCUAGAGCACGCGACGCUGCACAGCUCGGUGCUGACGCUGCUGGCCAUCGCGGUGGAGCGCUACAGGUCGGUGCGACACCCGCUGCGCGACUUCUGCCAGGAGCCUGUCGGGUACAACAGCUGCCCCGUGGUGGUCAGUGCUUGGCUGCUGGGUGGUGUGCUGUCGCUGCCCUUUGUCUUCUACACCUGGCUGGUGGAGGAGGAAUAUUACGACGGUUCGCGCGUGGUCACGUGCCGGACCGUGACCACGCCGCCUCUCGGCAGCGCCUACGUCGUGCUGCUGUUCGUGGUCUUCUUCGUCCUGCCGAUGCUCUCCAUGGGCUUCAUCUAUGCCUCCAUCAUCCGCAAGCUCGUGCGGCUGUCUCACGGAGGCGACGGAGAUGCGGCAUUAUCGGCAUCUGCAGGAGCUCGAGAAGGAAGAGGAGUGGUCUUCCGUUCCUCCCAGUCGCUGCGCUCCUCCCGCUCCUCCCGCGUGUCCCACGUGACCUACAGGCGGCCGUGCGGCGCCGCCUUCGACAGGUUCCAGAAGCGCGUUCUGCAGGUGCGGCGCCGGGUGGUGCUGAUGAUGGGCGCCAUAGUCUGCCUCUUCUUCGUCACGCAGCUACCCUUCAAGGUCGUGACCCUAUGGGUGACCUUUGGCUCCAGCCGCAGCAAGGAGAGCCUGGGCUUCGAGGCCUACUACAACGUCCUGUCCACCGCGCAGCUCGUCACCUACGUCAACAGCGCCGGCAACCCCAUCAUCUACGCGUUGUUGUCCCACAAGUUCCGCCGCGCCUUCCGCAAGCUGCUGUCGCGCAAGUGCUGCAGCAUUUGAACUGGGGAGGCUGCUGUGUGGCAUUGCUGUGCAGCAAGAUGCCUAUUUAUCUACUGAAGCACUUUGUGUAAGUGCGCGCGCGCGCGUGU